GCGGCGCUCAGUGCCAGGCGGGAGGCGGCAGCGGUUGGAGGCUUCGCGGGGCUUUGCAGCAGGGACUUCGGCGGCGCCUCAGGCACCCGGGCUCUGACACGAUGCGGCGAGUGGUGCGGCAGAGCAAGUUCCGCCACGUCUUUGGACAGGCGGUGAAGAAUGACCAGUGCUAUGACGACAUCCGUGUCUCCCGAGUCACCUGGGACAGUUCCUUUUGUGCCGUCAACCCCAGAUUCGUGGCCAUCAUCAUAGAAGCGAGUGGGGGAGGGGCCUUCCUGGUGCUCCCUCUGCACAAGACGGGACGAAUUGACAAAUCCUACCCUACAGUGUGUGGCCACACAGGACCAGUGCUGGACAUAGACUGGUGUCCACAUAAUGACCAGGUCAUUGCCAGCGGCUCAGAGGACUGCACUGUUAUGGUUUGGCAGAUCCCGGAAAAUGGACUCACCCUUUCCCUGACCGAGCCUGUGGUGAUUCUAGAAGGGCACUCAAAAAGAGUUGGCAUCGUGGCCUGGCACCCGACGGCCCGCAAUGUGCUUCUCAGUGCAGGCUGUGAUAAUGCCAUUAUCAUCUGGAACGUGGGGACAGGGGAAGCCCUCAUCAACUUGGACGAUAUGCAUUCAGACAUGAUUUACAAUGUGAGCUGGAGCCGUAACGGUAGUCUCAUCUGCACCGCAUCCAAAGACAAGAAAGUGAGAGUCAUUGACCCCAGGAAACAGGAGAUUGUGGCGGAGAAGGAGAAAGCACACGAAGGAGCCAGGCCUAUGCGUGCCAUCUUCCUGGCGGACGGCAACGUCUUCACUACUGGCUUUAGCCGCAUGAGCGAGCGGCAGUUGGCGCUCUGGAACCCAAAAAACAUGCAGGAACCAAUUGCUCUCCAUGAAAUGGACACUAGCAAUGGGGUGCUGCUCCCCUUCUACGAUCCGGACACCAGCAUCAUCUACUUAUGUGGGAAGGGUGACAGCAGUAUCCGCUAUUUUGAGAUCACGGAUGAAUCCCCAUAUGUCCACUACCUCAACACAUUCAGCAGCAAGGAGCCUCAGCGAGGGAUGGGCUACAUGCCCAAGCGGGGCCUUGACGUCAACAAGUGUGAAAUUGCCAGAUUCUUCAAGCUUCAUGAGAGAAAGUGCGAGCCCAUUAUCAUGACGGUCCCCAGGAAGUCUGACCUCUUCCAAGACGACCUGUACCCUGACACGGCAGGGCCGGAAGCCGCCCUUGAGGCCGAGGAGUGGUUUGAGGGGAAGAACGCGGACCCCAUCCUCAUAUCGUUGAAGCACGGGUACAUUCCAGGCAAGAACAGGGACCUCAAGGUGGUCAAGAAGAACAUCCUGGACAGCAAGCCGGCUGCAAACAAGAAGAGCGAGCUCAGCUGUGCCCCCAAGAAGCCCACAGACACGGCCAGUGUGCAAAACGAAGCCAAGUUGGAUGAGAUUCUGAAAGAGAUCAAAUCCAUAAAGGAAACAAUCUGCAGUCAAGACGAGCGCAUUUCCAAGUUGGAGCAGCAGCUGGCGAAGAUGGCUGCCUGAGGCCCGCCCACCUCCACGGACGGUGGCUGCUCCUCCUCCGCGCACUCCCAGGGAGGGCAGAGAGGGAGACACUGCCAUUUGGAGACAUUCCAUGUCAGAUCUGUCAGCCAGCGAUAGGCCACAUUCCAGUAAGAACUCGGUUCCUCUCCCAAAUUUCCGCAAACCUGGAAGCUGAGCUUUUCGUCAGGGAGCUUUGGUGUUCGGCAGGUCUGCUGACUUGCUGAGCUUUCCUACGUUUGAAAUGCCAGAUGUUCUGAAUUUUAGAGACCAAGCCCCCCACUUGACCCAGCGUCCUCCUCACACACCUGAUGACCGGGCCAGCGCCACCUCUGCUCUGUCUCUUCCUUUUUAAUGUUGCCAAAACCGAAAGUAGCUUUUUUUUCUUUGUAUUUUUCUACUUUGCAGUAUUUGUGGGGUUUCUUUCUUUCUUUCUUUCUUUCUUUCUUUCUUUCUUUCUUUCUUUCUUUCUUUCUUUUCUCUCCUCAAUUUAAAAGGGACAGCACUGUGUAUGUUUAUAAACUAAAUGAAGAUGAGAUGAUUAUUUUGUAUAAACACUCACGAGAACAAUCAGUGCAGCCGCCUGCACAGGGCUGGCUCACUCACAGCACAAACCUGGGCGUUAGUCUAACGACUGUGCAGAAGGAAGACUUGAGAAAUCACGUGGACCCACCACACACUGCCCCCAUUCCAUUGAGUCUUCGAUCAAAAGUCCUGUCUCUCUCUCUCCUUGCUCUCUCUCUCCUAGAAGUUGGGUGGUUGCACAGAGGGAACUCGGUGAUUAUACUCUAACCCGAACUAGCUCGCGUUUCUGCAGUUUUGUUCUCCACAGAUGGUUGUGCCUGUCCCUUCCAGCAGUGUGGUUCCCUUCCGGGCAGUUUGGACAAGGGCACCCAAGGCGAGCGGAUACCUGUGUGUUGACAGUCCUUGUCUACAGAGGCAGCUUGCCUGGCCCUUGGGUAUAGUGUGGGGCUUGAACCCAGGCACUGUGUGCACAGCCUCUGCCCCAGGCCCUCUGUUUCCCUCGCUCCUGUCUUCCCUCCUUACUUUGCUGCCUCCUGUCUCAAGCGCCCAGCCAGCCCUCGAGGGCUCUUGAAUGUUGCAGCGGAGGGAAAGGUCCAGAACAGAGUGGAAAGGGAAGUUCAGAGAUCGACCAUAGCUGGCCACGCACAGGCCCUCUGCCCCACCACCCAGAUCAGGCUGCUACUUGCCAGCACUGGACGUGCCCUGGGCAUGCCUGCUCCAAGGGCAGCAGCUAGACCUUAGCCCUACUCUAACCUCACAGCCUCAUGGUGCGUGUCUAUGGAAGCAGACGACCUGGGUAGUGUCAGAUGGAUCACAAAAGGCAAGCCUUGGCAAGUGUUGGUGCUGGUGUGGGCCCAGUGCUGGCUGCCAGCAAAUGUACAGGUUAUCAGGGCAGAGCAUAGUAUGGCAGCAGCCGCUUAGAGUGUGUGGACUGACUGGGUAGUGUUGUAAGAAAAGGUUCUCUCAGCCACCGAGAUGGGGGCCGCUGGCUCCGAAGCUUCGGGGCUCCUGAGUCUCUGUAGGUUUCUGUGUCUGUCUUGUGGUUUAAUGUUGGAUAAGGAGAUGGAGAGACCAUGGCUGGAAUGACUCACACUGCAUUGUCUGUACGUGUGCUACGCUGAGGACUGUGUGAAGAUUCACAAAGGUUCUGGGGUCCGUUGAAUUAAUUACGUAACAAUUGUAGAGGCUGUUGAUGAAGUCAGAGGGGCUGUGGUUGAGAGAGGCGGGAGUGACUGUAGUGUGUGCCCACCUGACACGCUGUGGUGGCCUCUGUUUCCCUGUGGCACCGGAGGAAGACAGUGAACUGCUCCUACACCCACUCUUAUAGAGUGGCCAUAGUGUUCUGUCAAAACACUCGCUUCCGUUUUCAGAGAUAAAAGGCAUUGAUU